AUGGAUUAUGAGGAAUUUGAUGAGAAUGAUGAAUUGGCAGGGGCAAAUAUUUUCUUGGCACUUGAUGAGUCUAUUCUAUUCAAUGUCUCCUUAGAAAAUUCCACGAAAAAUUUAUGGGACAAGCUGAAAAAUACUCAUGAAGAUAGUGGCCCCUUAUUUGGUGAUAAGGGCACCAACGGUCCUCAGUCCCCAGAGCAAGGCGUCAAGACUGCCUUGCAGAAAGGCGAUGGCGAUGACACAAGAGGCGAUGGUGCAAAAGGCGAUGGCGAUGGCACGAAAGGCGAUGGCGAUGACACAAGAGGCGAUGACACAAAAAGCGAUGGCGAUGAUAUAAGAGGCGAUGGCGCAACAAGUGAUGGCGAUGACACAAGAGGCGAUGAUGCAAAAGGCGAUGGCGAUGACAAAAGACGUGAUGGUGUUGACACAAGAGGCAAUGGCACAAAAGGCAAUGGCGAUGACACAAGAGGCGAUGACACAAAAGGCGAUGGCGAUGGCAUAAGAGGUGAUGUCGAUGACAUAAGAGGUGAUGGUGCAAAAGGCGAUGUCGAUGACACAAAAAGGCAAUGGCGAUGA